UUGGUUUAGGGUAAAUAUCUGAGCAGAAGAAUGGGAUGAAGACUGAUAUGUACUCAUGAUAUGAGUUUAUAACAAUAACUAUAAUUUACCAAAUGUGUUCGCAAAGCUGCCACAGACAGACAGAUCAUCAGUCUCCAGACGUUGUGAAGAUGAGCAAGAAGGUUCCUUAUCGUCCAGGGAUCACUUUUGAAGUUGGUGCUAGAAUUGAAGCUCAAGACUAUCUACAAAAAUGGUACUCCUCACGCAUUGAGGACAUUGAUUUCGAUGAGGGGAAGAUGCUUGUCCACUUUGAUCGUUGGAGCCAUCGCUAUGACGAGUGGAUCGCCUGGGACAGCACUCGACUGCGGCCUCUUGAAAGGCCAACACUCCGUAAAGAGGGACUGAAGGAAGAGGAGGGGGAGAUGACUGAGAGACUCAGCGAGAUGUCAGCAUCUCGCCUUGAUGAGCUUCCUGGAUGUACAGAGAGCACAGAGGACCAAACAGAGUUACCGCAGCCGAGACAAGAAUUGAGAGAUGGUGAAGAGGUGCUUGCUCGAUGGACAGAUUGUCGCUACUAUCCUGCAAAGAUUGAAUCUGUAAACAAAGAGGGUACCUACACGGUGCAGUUUUAUGAUGGAGUUAUUCGCUGUGUGAAAAGAAUUCAUAUCAAAUCCAUGCCCGAUGAUGCAAAAGGACAGAAGGACUGGAUAGCCCUGGUGAAAGCUGCCUCAGCUGCAGCCAAGGGCAAAGGAAGCAGUACGCCUCGUACCAGUGCCAACAGCAACAAGGACAGGGACGACCUUCACGGAGGGAAGUCUGACGAUGAGGAUGGUGAAGAAGAGAUGGAUGAAGAGCUGCAGGAUCAGUCCGACUCUGACAAACUGGGAUCCCAUGAAGAUGAUGCUGACUGCAAGAAGGAGCGGACAGAAGUCCAGGUGACGUCCCAACAACAGAAGGUGCCAAGAACAGCAGACUGUGAUUCCAUACAAGGGCAGACCCAGAGAGAGACUGGGUCCUCAAUGACAGGCUCUCCAGCCAAGUGUCGGAACAGGCGUCUGAAGCACCACUCUGCGGAGUCCAACAGCAACCAGAACCAGAGACCGUCCAGGCCGCCCUGCUCCAUCACUACUCUGUCCGCUGGGGAGGACACCAUGUCAGCUCCAGAGUCCAUGCUGAGUCCCUCCCCCAGACACAGCUGCCCUGACAUGGCUACCUCAGGUCGGUCUGCUGAGGGACAGGAUCAUAGUGGAAAAAGGCAUGGUGAGGCGGUUCCUACAGGCUCCCCCAGGAGCUCAGAACAGAUCCAGAGGAGGAGACGCUCCCAGCGCCUGGCCACCGUCAGCCCUGAUAUAAACUCGGACUCCAGCGUGACCUCUCACCCCACCACCACCCAGUGCCCUGACCCCUCACCCCAUGGGAGGGAGCACAACACAUCUCACAAAGACCCCUCCUCCACUCCAGAGGAUCAAGUGGCAAACUCUGUGGAGAGGGCAGAGUCAUCGACCCUCCACAACUACUGUGUCGGCAUACCACCUAAACCUCCAACUACUGCCUCCAUCCUCACACCAUCUCAUUCACCAAUCACACACAGAGACCAGCUGACUGACGGGCCAUCAGCCAAUCAUACGGCAGUGGCAGACAAAUUCCCACCCUUAGCUGCAGCCCCUGGUAGGAGGACAACCAGGACCCCUAAACUGAACAAGCACACCAGGGAGCCAAUCAUGAACACCAAGCGGUCUGACGACCCUACGUCUCCCAACGACCUGGACCACUACAAGUGUAAGAUCCCCGGGUGCUCCAAGGCCUUCCGCAAAGCCAAGCUGCUGGACUACCACCUCAAGUAUUACCACAACGCUGACAAGGACCUCCAGGACUCUGAGCUGACAGGCUCCCCAGACAGGGCUGGUCGUACCCGGGCCACCUCAGCCUCCAUGCCCACCACCACCCUGCUGGAGGUCCCUGACAACGCAAAGAGACGCAGGACUGUCUCCACCUCAUCGUCACUGUCCCCUCCGGGCCAUAUGUUCCAACUGGACUGUACUGGACUGGGGGGCUGUCUGAAACCUCCCAAGUUGAACAGGAAGAAGCGCUCCUCUGCCUCCAUGAGCUCUGACAGCACAGAGCUGUCUCUCCCUCCGCCGCCUCAGGAGAAGAGCUUUGAGUCCCUCCACGACAAGAUCCUGAAGAAGGUGAUCGAUAAGGACAAGCACCUGGAGCCAGGAUUAAUGAAGAUUGAGAAGAAGGUGAAACUGGAGGAGAAAUGCCAGAUGAUCGGAAAAAAGAAGGACAAGGAUAAAGAGAGGAGGAAAGAGAAGGAUCACUUCAAAAUCAAACAGAAGAAGAAGAAGAAGAAGAAGAGGAAAUCCAAGCAACACUGUUAUUCGGACUACGAUGACAUGUCCCUGUCCUUCCUGGAGCGGUCUACGUCGUCUUCUCUCCACCGCUCCUCCACCUCCUCUUUCACUUUCCCCUCCUCCUCCUCCUCCUCCACCUCCAGGCACUACCUGUACCCCCGAGCCAUCCUCUCUGUCGACCUCACCGGAGAGAACCUGUCAGACAUAGACUUCCUAGAGGACUCGACCACAGAGAGCCUGCUGUUUAGUGGAGAUGAAUACAACCAGGACUUUGACUCUCUGAACAUGGAGGACUUCCAGGAGGAGGAUGAGGACGGUACCCAGGAGAUCGUCCGCUGUAUCUGUGAGAUGGACGAGGAGAACGGAUUCAUGAUUCAGUGUGAGGAGUGUAUGUGCUGGCAGCACAGUGUGUGCAUGGGGCUUCUGGAGGACAGCAUCCCAGAUCAGUACAUAUGUUACAUCUGCAGAGACCCUCCAGGUCAAAGGUGGAGUGCCAAAUAUCUCCAUGACAAAGACUGGUUGAACAAGGGUCACAUGUAUGGCCUGUCCUUCCUCUCUGAGAACUACUCUCAGCAGAACUCUAAGAAGACUGUCUCCACCCAUCAGCUGUUAGCAGACGUGUUCAGUGUUAACAACAUACUACACGGACUACAGCUCAAGAUGGACAUACUACAGAACAAACACAAUCCCAAUUUGCACUUCUGGGCUCGGUCGUGGGUGAACUCUGACGAGGACCAGCCCAUGGGCGGUCUCCCUGACUGCAUUCACUUCACAGAUCACCUUGACGACAAAUCUCUGGACAACCAGAACUCCUCCAAGCCAGACACGUACAUCACCAGCGAACACAGCUACCAGAAACCCCCCAGCCCCGGACAGCUGGAGCACCGGCCCGCUGCAGACCCCAAUAGCUCCAACAGCCAGGAGGGAGGAGGGGUGGGGGCGGAGUUGGUGGUGGCUAAUGCUAACCCCGCCUCCCACUCCAUCCAGUUCAAGGAAGAGGAGGUAAGAAAGAAGACGACUGCCGUGGCUUUGCCUGGCUGCCUGGAUGAGAGGGGUUCAGACUCAGUGCUGGAUGUGCCUGGCUGCCUGGAUGAGAGGGGUUCAGACUCAGUGCUGGCUGUGCCUGGCUGCCUGGAUGAGAGGGGUUCAGACUCAGUGGAACAUGCCAGGAACUGUCUCCAGUGGCAGAUGAACCUCCUCACUCACAUAGAAGAUGUUCAGAACCAGGUGGCAGGCAGAAUGGACCUCAUAGAGAAGGAGCUUGAUGUGUUGGAGAGCUGGCUGGAUUUCACUGGGGAGUUGGAGCCUCCGGACCCCCUGGCCAGACUGCCUCAGCUUAAACACCGCAUCAAGCAGCUCCUCACAGACCUGAGCAAGGUGCAACAGAUGAGCACCCUGUGUUCUGUGUGAGUUUGUGUUAGCCAGAGUCUGGCCUGGGUCUGGCCUGAGUCUGGUCUGGCCUGGGUUAGCAUGGCAACAGCACUAGGCACCUGGUGGCAUCACAGCACUGCACAUAGGAGAGUCCUAUCCAAACCCAGGGUGUACCCACUACCCGCUGACAUAGACAGACAGAACCCCCUCCUCUCUCUGUGGAGCCGAAGCACACCGUCUGCUGUGGGCCAUAAACUGUCAAACUGAGCACACCUUCUCCUCCUAGACUGACUGGGGGAGUGAUGCUUUAGUUGGCUCAAUACAAGGGGAAUGAAUGAAUGUAUAGAGAUCAACAGGAAAGAGAUGAGUCCAGUGGACUCUUGGUAUUAGAAAGAAGAGUGUUUUGAGUUGGAGUAACUGAAAAAUCUGAGUUGACGAAAUGGGACUUCUGGAUUAAAGGUCAAAGUUGAAUACAGUGUUAGCCUGUAGGGCCCAGGACGUUUGUCAUUUUAACUAAGACUCCCUGUUAUGAAGUUACCACAACGUUUUCAAAAGAGGAAUUGUUAUUUUCAUAACCAGAAGUGAGGUUUGAACACAUACUUCAAUUAGAUUAUCAAAAUGCAAUGAGAUCACCUCAUCAUGGUCCCUUCCCAAAUAGAACCCUAUUCCCUUUAUAGUGCACUACUUUUGACUGUAGUGCACUACAGUAUGUAGGGAAUAUAGGAUGCCAUUUGGGAAGUAUCCCAUCACUCUUUUGCCUCAGUAGGAGCAGAGCUGUAGAAGCCUUGCUUGUGCAAUAUGAGUUAAUGCGAAACUAAGUCACCAAGGUGAAUGUUAGAUGAUAUUAUAGCAAGCUUUAACCUGCCAGAAAUCUGUUCUGUUUGUAAGCGUGGUCUGAAACUUGCUUGAGAUGUUUUAAAAUGUCAAGUUCCUCCUCAAAUUCACGCUUUCAUUCGAUUAUUUGAUUAAGAAAACAGUGCUAACAUCAGUCAUUUAGCUACUGCAUUCUGAGUUAAUUUCUGAAUCUAAUGCCACAUUUUACCAUCAUUAACUAAAUGGUGUUUCAUUCUCUAAUGUGCCAAGUGUAAAAGUAUGACCCACCAAGUUUACAAUGUUAUCAUUCUCACUGAUUCAACAUGGGAGAAGAUCAUGGGUAUAUUUGACUGGUGUAUAUAAUAUACCCAUCCACAGACAUAAGACUGUGUCUUCAGGAUAUCUCCAUGACAACCACAAAAUGGCCUUGAUGUCAUGGGACACCUGUGGCACAUUGUCGCUGAGUCUGUCCCAAAUGGCACCCUAUUCCCUAUGUAGUGCACUACUUUUGACUAGAGCUCUAUGGACCCUGUUCAAAAGUAGUGCACUAUAUGGAAUAGGGUGCCAUUUGGGACGCACCUUCUGUCUGUGGUGUUCUGAUGCUUUCAGUACGUCGCCAGUAUGGGUCCCACGUCACAUUAACACGACAAAGUCUUCUGACUAAGUGGACACGUUUGAGUUGUACCACAGUAAGCUAAUUGCCAGCUGGAUGUAAAUGUGUAUAAAAAGCAAUGUGUUGAUUGCUGUUAUUGGUCAUUUAUGUACAGUUUUUUAAUAACUGUAAAAAUGAGGAAACAUCUAUAGAAGGCAUAAGAGGACAAAAUAUACUUGAAGAAAAAUGCCUAUGUUUAUUUAGUAUUUCUAUUAACCUGUAUAAAAAGUGUUUUAGAACCAGCCGGUAGGGUAUAAAACAAGGUAAAUUUUUAUUGACAUAUACCAGCUGUACAUUAAGAGUUUAUUUAAGACCUGUUCUUUAUGUGAUUUACUACAUCUACAACGCCAUUAAAAAAGAUAUUCUGGAUAUUUUA